GAUCAUGACCCGGAAGUUAUAGUUUUUUCCAGAAAGUAAAACUGCAACUGAACAUCUCUCAAGCUGGUUCCGCUCAUCCAUAAAGGGAAAUAUAGAGCAUGGAUCACCUUAAAAAACUGGAAAUCUACAUCCCAUUGGAAGCUGAGGUGAAAAGCAUCCCUCUGUCAAGCUUACCAAACAGUGUGAUUAGACGAAUGGACCUCCCCUCAGACCCAAGGCCUCUCUCAGACUCUCCAGAAGGCAUAUGGAUCCAUCCAGCAGUCAUACGGAGGAAAGGCCAGAAACUCACCUCCCCCACAGGAAACUGUGAAAACAUGACUUCACUGCUGGGCAAAGAGACCCGGGGUGAUCCGGGUCCCUUCGAAAUGUCCUUUGUCUCCGCCAAUCUCACAGCUUACCGGCUGCUGAGGGACAACAUGCCUGGGGAAAGCAUCUCUGCAGACACAGCACACGCCUACCCAUUACCUCAGGGCUCAGCACCACACAUGUACAAGGAUGCUGUUGUCAUCUUCCACGGACGCGUUUACCUCUCCAGCAGGAAUCACAGUCAAAAACGGAGACGUAAAGGGAAACAUGAACCACAGCCAGCCUCCCAGGCUUCCAUUCCUAAAAAUAAGGCUCUCCGAAAAGCUGAAUCAUCACGCCGGUCUCUACAGGCUUCUCUUGAACAUGCUAAUAUAGAACUACAGGGAAAUACAUCCUGUUUCAUUCGGCCACAAAAAUCUCAAAAACAGCAGGAGGAUGUUCUCACAAAUACAGAUAAUCAUCCCACCACAGACAAGGAGCUGCUCCACGAAGAGAAGAAGAAAAGCACCACAUGUAAAGUAACACAGAGUAAAAACAAGAAGAGGAGUGAUGUAUCUUCAUCCAAAACUGCACAUUCAGUCCUUCAGUCCUCUGCCGUUGUGCACAAAGUGGACAACCCUUCUCAUGGGUACACUGCAGCAGACCCAGGGCCGUCCUGGCUUCAGCCUGCGUUUGAGACACAGGACCUGGGCAAUGAAGAAUCCCACUGUUUACAAUUGGACAGCAACGCUAAAAACAUGGCUGCUACUGAAGAGCAAAGUAGGGAGUUUGAUCUUUUGGCUAAAGAGGAAGAGAUCUCUCUGUUGCAGGCUAAACUCAGACGGCUCUCAAAAACCGGCCCUCCCCUUUCUGAGUGAUGAAUGAACGGUAAUUAAACCGUGGUAUUUACUCUCAACACUAAAUGUGUUCACAUGUGCAUUAGUAACAGGGAAAUUAAUAAUAUGAUUUAAACCAGGAUUCUAGUGUGCAUGUAAACAUACUUGAUGGCAAGAUGUUUUGAAAGACGUUUUGAAAACUUUUGAAAGACGUUUUGAAAGACGUUUUGAACACCUGUCGUUUUCUUCCAGAGAACAAAUGACGCUUCACCUCACUUCUGUUAGAAAUUGCACAAAGCUCCACUGAAGACUCCACUUUGGGUCAUUGUGGGGAUCUUUUGCUUCUUAAGGCCAAUGUGUCAAUUUUGUACCGGGACGCAUUAUUUCUCAACCCCAUUUUUAUUUUCCCUAUUCAUGGACCUUUUUUUCAAAAUGCCUGGAUAUAGUUUCUCAUCUGGUGAGAGAUCUGGCGUAUCUCAACCAAGAGACUCUCCAUGUCCUUAUAAACCUUAUAUAAAUGUCUAUAAUAAAAGUCAUAUUGUAUUGAA